AACAGCUGAGCACCUGGCCUUCCAGUAUUACAACGUGCGCGUGACAGUAUGGAAACUUCAUAUCUUAUAGUGUUUUAUACCUUAUGCAGUGUAUACGGUGUUGUAAGCCAAAGUACUGUGAAUUCGUGCUGUAAGAAUGGGGGUAUAUGUGUCCUCGGUACAUUUUGUAAAUGUCCAAAGUUUUAUAUUGGGCGAUACUGCCAGUAUGAAAUUAACUACAAGAAUUGUAGGAACGUUCCCCAUGGUUAUUGGAUCCGCUCCGAUUGCAAUAAGUGUCGGUGUUUCAACGGCAGGGUUGUGUGCAUCCCAAAAUAUUAUUUUGGUUGCGAAGAUGACGACGAACCCCUGGAUCCAACCAAGAAAAUAGAUCCAUUUGGCGGAAAGACCAUCACCAUAUAUGCAAAAGACCCGGAUGUUCGAUAUCCCCCCACCUCUACACCACAAGGGUCGAUCGGGGAGCUUUAUGAUGACGACUAUUACUACAGUGAUAUUUCAGACAGUGCCACUUAUGCCCAAUUUUCCUUCCUUGUUUCUGUGUGCUUGUUGUCUAUCAACUUAUUGUGACUUGUGCAAUGAUUUUAAGGG